GGCGGGGACGACUUGAGCGCAGUCCCCAUACAAGCUGCUUCCGCGUCGCAUCGUCUAAAACAGAAGUUGUGAGCACCGCAAUCAAAGGAGCCCUCCUGAAGUGAUCCAGUAAUUAUCUAAGAGGACAAGCACUUCUUCAGCAGCGAUGAUCACACCUCAACAGUGAACGCUGGGCAUAUAGACAGCACCUCUUAAUUCACUACGGUGGUUGCUUAAUGCGAGUGGCUUUGAUGCACUCCCGAGCCUGAAAUAGUCACGGUUGCCAAGUUUUCAUGCGGCGAGCGUCAUGGUGAGCGCACCACGGCUUAAGGAUGACCCGCUGUUUGGAGUCGACUCUCGGUGGAGUUGGAUCACAGCCUUCUUCUGUGCUUGGGUGUUGUUCCUGGCCAUGGCGACGCCCCGUAUGGCUGGCAUUUUCUUUUACGGAAUCGUCGAAACAUUCGGCGCAACCAGAAAAGAGGCUUCGUGGCCGUUGUCCCUGGCAGGUACCUUCACAGUAUUAGGAGGUCCGAUAGCUGGCUACCUAUGCCAGCGUUUUUCGUGCCGGGCAGUGCUGUUGGUCUGCUCACCUUUGGCUGGAAUUGGAGUCUGUCUGUGUUACCUGGCACGAGAUAUCCUAUUCAUCACCAUUUCCUUGGGAAUCCUUCACGGUACUGCGAUGUGCGGCUUGUACGUGGCUUCGAACAUUCUGCUCGCCCAGCAUUUCGAGAAGCGAAGGGCGACGGCCAUUAGCCUAGUGUUUACAGCGUUCGGCUUCAGCGCUAUCGUUUUUACCCCACUGAUAGAGUUCUUGCAAACGACGUAUGGAAUCCGUGGGGCAUUUCUUAUUUAUGGUGCGAUUAUCCUAAACACGAUUCCAGCCGUUAUUGUUCUCCGAAGCCCACCGUGGCUGACGGAGGCGGAAGUUGUAAAGAAAGCGAUGCCCAAUGAAGAGGAUACAAAGAAUGCAUCUCUUUUGAUUCAAACUGCCAAUCAAGACGUCAGCAUAGCAAAAGCGAUAGAAAGUGAUGACCCUUACUCAAGCCAACGAUUAUGUUUUCAGCAGACAGCAGCAUGGUCUGCGAAAGAGCAGGAAAACGAGUCACAUACAGGCCUGUUUGCACGCAAAAGUUCUCUUAAGCUGAUGGAUGCAAAGAAGGCUCUGCUAAAUCUUAGUCUCCCCAUGGCGACAAGGCAAAUCUUUACGUUGUCUUUUCUUGUCCACGCUCUGUCUUUCGCAGCCAUGAUCAUCCCCGCGGGCUUAUUCAAUAUAAUUGUGGGAGACAUUGCCAAUGACCACGGCCUUAAUCCUUCGAAUGCCGUUUAUUUUCUCCAAGCUUUCUCGGCAGCGGAUAUCGCGUUUAGAUCUGUUGUGGGCAUCGCUAUCGAUUCGCACAUUUUAUCGCAUGAAUACGUCAUAAUUUUGGGAUACUUAGCACAGGGACUCACUUAUGAAUGGCUUAUCUGGGCGAAUGCGGUACCGCAAAUGAUUGCGGUUUCUGUCCUCAUGGGCGCCACGUGCGGAUCAAGAACGUGUCUGCUGGCUCCUAUCUUGGUGAAGGACUUCGGCAUCGGCAAUUUACCUGUGAUUAUGGGUAGUGUGUUCUUCUGCACAGGCGUGUCUCUUCUCCUCCGUCCACCACUGAUCGCAUUCGCUGGCUAG